CAGCUCCUGCCGCAUGCCUGGAUGAAAACAUGAAAUAAUAACGAUAAGUUGUUCCAGACAAAGUUCUCCAUCAAUAUGCUUUUCUCCAAGGAGCUACCAUGGAGGAGACUAGAGGGCAUGUCCUUUGGAUUGUACACAUCCAAUGAAAUAAGGAAGCUGAGUAUAAAAGCCAUCACGAAUCCCCAGAUUCUGGACAAUGUCGGCAACCCAGCUCCCGGUGGUCUGUAUGAUCUGGCCCUCGGACCCUCUGACAACAAAGAAGUAUGCUCGUCCUGUAUGCAGGACUACAACAACUGCCCUGGACACUUUGGGCAUGUGGAACUACCCUUGCCAGUCUACAACCCAUUAUUUUUCGAUAAACUCUACCUGCUUGUGCGAGGGUCCUGUUUAGCUUGCCGCACCUUAAGCUGUUCCAGAGCUGCCAUUCACCUCCUGCUCUACCAGCUAAAGCUGCUAGACAUCGGCGCCCUAAAAGAGUGCUAUGAAGUGGAGAAUGUUCUCUAUCAGUUCUUGGAAGAGAAGCCCCAGGCAUCAGGUGUUGAGAUCCAGGAGGCCUUAGAGGAAUACUGUGCACCGAUCCUGGAAGCCUGCAAAGAGAAGUCGGACCUCAAUACUCCUAUCAAGCAUGUCUGUGAGAAGAAAGGCACCCUCGUCACCGACUUCUGGAGAGUUAACAUGACGUCAAGACGAUGCUCCAACUGCAAGGCAGCCAAAUCAGUUAUUCGGAAGGAGCACAACAGCAAGCUCAUCAUUGCAAGUGCCCCAUCCAAGAACACCGAAGAGGACGCUCACAUUGCCAGUCGAGGAUACCUUACUCCCAGCUUGGCAAAAGAACAUAUCAUAAAACUCUGGGAAAAGGAGGGUUUCUUCCUGAAACACCUUUUCUCUGGAAUGGACACCCACUCACAAAGCACCUUCAAGCCAGAUCUCUUCUUCCUCGACAUUCUGCUGGUUCCACCAAGCCGGUACCGGCCUAUCAAUCGCCUUGGAGACCAGAUGUUCACCAAUGGCCAGACUGUGAACAUGCAGAGUGUCAUGAAGGACAACGUCCUCAUUCAGAAGCUGUUGGCUCUCAUCGCAGCAGAGAAGGCAAAGGAGAUCGAAGAAACUGGGAUUGAGCUGGAGAAGACGGGAGAGGCUGAUGCGAAGGAGAUGGAUCAGUCGUUUCUGUUUGCAAUACCAGGCCAGACCCUCACGGACAAGCUCUACAACAUCUGGAUACGGCUGCAGAGCCAUGUAAACAUCGUGUUCGACAGCGACAUGGACAAGCUGAUGACAGAGAAGUUUCCUGGUAUUCGGCAGCUUCUGGAGAAGAAAGAGGGUCUGUUCCGUAAGCACAUGAUGGGGAAGCGGGUGGACUUUGCUGCUCGCUCUGUCAUCUGUCCAGACAUGUACAUCGGCACCAGUGAGAUCGGCAUCCCUAUGGUGUUUGCCACCAAGCUGACGUACCCGCAGCCAGUGACGCCGUGGAACGUGAAGGAGCUGCGGCAGGCGGUGCUGAACGGCCCCAACGUGCACCCGGGCGCCGCCAUGGUGAUCAACGAGGACGGCAGCCGCACCAUCCUCAGCAGCGCCAGCUACACCCAGCGAGAGGCCAUCGCCAAGCAGCUGCUCACGCCCAGCACCGGCACACACCGCAUGCCCAUGAAGAUCGUAAACCGGCACAUCAAGAACGGCGAUGUGCUGUUGCUGAACCGUCAGCCCACGCUGCACAGGCCGUCCAUCCAGGCCCACACGGCGCGCAUCCUGCCCGGGGAGAAGGUGCUGCGGCUCCACUACGCCAACUGCAAGGCCUACAACGCCGACUUCGACGGAGACGAGAUGAACGCCCACUUCCCCCAGAGCGAGCUGAGCCGCGCCGAGGCCUACACACUCGUCAGCACCAACCAGCAGUACCUGGUGCCCAAGGAUGGUAAGCCCCUGGCUGGUUUGAUCCAGGACCACAUGGUGUCUGGCACCAGCAUGACCAUCAGGGGCUGCUUCUUCACGCGGGACCAGUACACGGCGCUGGUCUACAGGGGCCUCACCGACAAGGUGGGCCGAGUCAAGCUGCUCCACCCGGCCAUCCUCAAGCCGUGGCCCCUGUGGACAGGAAAACAGGUUGUGUCUACUUUGCUCCUGAACAUCAUCCCUGACAACCACGUUCCCUUGAAUUUGACUGGCAAAGCAAAGAUCCCCAGCAAAGCCUGGAUAAAGACCACACCAGAACCAGUCAUAGGAUAUCAUCCUGACAGCAUGUGUGACUCACAGGUGAUCAUCCGCCAGGGGGAGCUGUUGAUCGGCGUCCUGGACAAGGCUCACUAUGGCAGCUCCGCCUACGGCCUGGUGCACUGCUGCUACGAGCUGUACGGCGGGGAGACCAGCGGCAAGCUGCUCACCUGCCUGGCUCGCCUCUUCACCGCCUACCUGCAGCUCUACCGAGGCUUCACCAUGGGGGUGGAGGAUAUCCUUGUUAAACCUGGUGCCAACAUCGAGAGAACAAAGAUCAUUGAGAAUUCAGUUACAUGUGGAGCAAAGGCCCUGAAAGCAGCGUUCAACCUUCCCCCGACUGCAGCUGAGGCGGAGGCCAGGGACCACUGGCAGAACGCCCACCUCAACCCAGACCAGAGGGACUUCAACAUGGUGGACCUCAAGUUCAAGGAGGAGGUCAACCAGGUCAACAACAGCAUCAACAAGGUGUGUAUGCCUCUGGGCCUCCACAGGUCUUUCCCAGAGAACAACCUGCAGCUGAUGGUGCAGUCUGGGGCCAAGGGAUCUACUGUUAACACCAUGCAGAUCUCCUGUCUGCUGGGUCAGAUUGAGCUGGAGGGCCGGCGGCCACCUCUCAUGCCCUCUGGGAAAUCCCUGCCCUGCUUCCAGCCCUACGAGUGCGCCCCGCGCUCUGGGGGAUUUGUAUCCGGAAGGUUUCUCACCGGGAUCACACCGCCGGAAUUCUUCUUCCAUUGCAUGGCUGGUCGUGAAGGCUUGGUGGAUACAGCUGUAAAGACUAGUCGAUCCGGUUACCUGCAAAGGUGUGUGAUCAAGCACUUGGAGGGUCUGGUGGUGCAGUAUGACCUGACGGUGCGAGACAGCGAUGGUAGCGUGGUGCAGUUCCUGUACGGAGAGGACGGCCUCGACAUCCCCAAGACCCAGUUCCUCCAGCCCAAACAGUUCCCCUUCAUCAAGGAGAACUACGAGGUAAUCAGGAAGUCCAAGUGCCUGGACGAGGUGUUGUCCAAGAUGGACUCCAGCGUCUCUGCACGACACCAGGCGGCCAUUAAGAAGUGGAUGUCCAAGAGGGAGAAAUCCUCGCCCCGUGAGGGAGCCUUCCUGCUCUUCUCCCAGAAGAAGAUGCCCAAGAACAAAACCGACAGCGACUGCCUUCUCAGCAACGGCAGGCAGACGGCUGUACACCAGCUGAUUGAGCGCUGGAGUGGGUUGGAUGAGGACAACCGUUCCAAGUACCUGAAGAAGACGUCUCGCUGCCCGGACCCCUGUCUAGCCAUGCACCGGCCUGACAUCACGUUUGGCUCCGUGUCCGAGACCUUUGACUCCAUCGUGGAGUCGUACAUCCAAAAGUCUGAGGAGAGUCCCAAGCGAAACAGAGAACUGGACUCUGACAGGUUGAGGCACCUGCUGCAGCUGAAGUGGCAGCGUGCGCUGUGUGACCCGGGGGAGGCGGUGGGUCUGCUGGCCGCUCAGAGCAUCGGGGAGCCGUCCACCCAGAUGACCCUCAACACCUUCCACUUCGCCGGCAGAGGAGAGAUGAACGUCACCCUGGGUAUCCCCAGGUUGCGUGAGAUCCUGAUGAUUGCCAGCUCUAAGAUCAAGACCCCUAUGAUGAGCAUUCCUGUCUUUGGCACAAGGAAGGCCCUCAAGAGGGCCAAGGUCCUCAAGAAGAAGCUCACCCGAGUCUGCCUGGCUGAGGUGCUUCACAAGGUGGACGUGGUGGAGACGUUGAGGUUUGAAGGUAAAAGUGCCUCCAACAAGAACCGAGUGUUCAACAUCUCCUUCCACUUCCUGCCCCCCGAGCGCUACCAGCAGGACAAGCUUCUCACGCCUCAGAAGAUCCUGCACUACGUGGAGCACAGGUUUUUCAGAUUACUAUUAGAAGCCAUCAAAAAGCGCAAUGCCAAAUUGUCCUCCAUAAACCCGAUUGAGACCCGCAAAGUCACACAAAAGGAUAUGGAUGAGGGGGCCAACUCUGGUGCAACCCAGGAGAACGGCGAGGCAGAGGAGGAGAUGAGGAUUGUGGACGAUGAGGCAGACGAGGGAGAUGCUGACGCUUCAGACGCCAGGAGGAAAGAGAGACAAGAGGAAGAGGUGGAUUACGACAGUGAGGAGGCCAGUGAUGCUGAGGAAGAUGAGCAGGCAGAGGGGCCUGAGGAGGAAGAACCAAACACACCGCCAGCAGAGGGCCAAGGCACGGCCUCCCAGGAGGCCCCCCAGGAGCCUGCAGCGGCGGAGAGUGAGGACCAGAUGCGGGUCAAUGCGGUGCUGGCCAUCUCCACUGCCAUAGAGAGCUACAGAUACGACACGGUCAAUGGACUCUGGUGUGAGGCAACCAUCGUCCUCCCCGUCAGCAACGUGCACUUUGACCUGACGUCGCUGCUGGUGGCUCAGGCACAGACGGCCGUCGUCAUGGAGGUGAGGGGCAUUACGCGCUGCCUGCUCAACGAGGUCACCAACAAGGAUGGCACCAAGGAGAUGGUCCUCAACACGGAAGGCAUCAACAUGCAGGAGAUCUUCAAGCAUGGCGAUAUUCUUGACCUGAGUAGGCUGUACUCCAACGAAGUGCACGCCAUGGCCAACACCUACGGCAUUGAAGUGGCCUUGCGGGUCAUUGAGAAGGAGAUCAAAGACGUGUUUGCUGUCUACGGUAUCGAGGUGGACCCCAGGCAUCUGUCGCUGGUGGCUGACUACAUGUGCUUCGAAGGUGUUUACAAGCCCCUGAACCGCUUUGGCAUCAGGUCAAACUCCUCUCCUCUGCAACAGAUGACCUUUGAGACCAGCUAUAAGUUCCUCAAGGACGCCACCAUGUUGGGCUCUCACGACCAGCUGCGAUCUCCCUCCGCUUGUAUCGUUGUCGGGAAAGUCGUCAAAGGAGGAACAGGACUCUUUGAUUUGAAGCAACCACUGCAGUAGUGUUUCAUGUCAUUUUCAAUCAGCUUGACGGACAGCGACAUGCUUUGAUGAAGCAUAUUGCUGAAACUGGUGGACACGAUGUUGAAUGAGAAGAACUGUCUGUCUUAUUUGUACAAUUUCUAUUUCAAUUAUGGCUGUGGCACUGUAUGAAGAAUGUGUGUGAAAUAAAAUAUUUUCAAGUAUCUCCA